UCCGCAUGGUAAAUAUAACCAAGAAUUUGUGGCAUGUUUUCAUACAGUUUGUUAUUCAUUGUUAGUGUUUAAAUAGUGAAAAUAAGUUACUAGAAAAUGGGUGAAGACAUCCCAAUCGAAGAGAAGAAAAAGUCGCACAGGGAGAAAAAAUCAGGUAAAAAGGCUGAAAGGAAGAAAGCCAAGAAAGAUGCCCAGAAUCCAAAUGUACAGGAGCUUACUGACAAGCAAAAGAACCCAAAAGCUUUUGCUAUCAACAGUGCUAUUAGGGCUGAGAGAAGGUUCCGCAGGAAACAGGAUAUUGAUACAAAGAAGCAACAUGUUCCUUUAGUAGACAGGACACCCUUAGAGCCUCCACCAAUCUUGAUUGCAGUGGUUGGACCACCUAAGGUGGGUAAAACCACAUUAAUCAAUAAUUUAAUUAAAAUGUUUACGAAAUCUCCAUUGAGUGAGGUCAAAGGACCAGUGACUAUUGUUACUGGCAAGAAGAGGAGAAUCACUUUAUUUGAAUGCAACAAUGACAUAAAUUCUAUGAUUGAUUUGGCCAAAGUUGCAGAUUUAGUUCUUUUGCUUUGUGAUGCCAGCUUUGGUUUUGAAAUGGAAAUAUUUGAAUUUCUCAACAUUUGCCAGGUGCAUGGUAUGCCUAAGAUUAUGGGUGUUUUAACUCAUUUGGAUAUGAUUAAAAAUAGAAAGACUCUAAAAAACACUAAAAAGAUUCUGAAACACAGAUUCUGGACUGAAUUGUAUGCAGGAGCCAAAUUGUUCUAUCUAUCUGGUAUAGUACAUGGAGAUUAUUUGAAGAAUGAAAUUAAAAAUUUAGGCAGAUUUAUAUCUGUUAUGAAAUUUAGACCAUUGACAUGGAGAUCAACUCACAGUUAUUUGGUUGGAGAUCGUUAUGAAGACUUAACCAAUCAAGAAAUGAUUAGGAAGAAUCCAAAAUGCGAUAGAAACGUUUCCUUAUAUGGUUAUAUUAGAGGAAUUCCUUUGAGUAAAAACACCAUGGUUCAUAUUGCUGGAUUUGGUGAUUUAAGAAUUCACGAGAUAUCAUUCUUGCCUGACCCAUGCCCAUUACCAGAACAAAUCAAGAAAAGGGCUUUGAUUGAAAAAGAAAAGUUUAUCUAUGCUCCAUUUUCUGGAGUUGGAGGUAUUGUUUAUGACAAGGAUGCUGUGUAUGUAGAAUUGGGUGGUUCUCACAGUCACAAGCAAAGAGAUGAAGGAGAUGAAACAAAUAUUGUUGCUAAUUUAAUAGAAACUAAAGAGACUUUGGACGUUAAAAUGGAGCAUUCCGAAAUGCAACUGUUCACUGGUGGCAAAACUUUGAUGUCCAAAGAUAUGGAUGUUGAUGAGAGUGAAGAAGAGGAGGAUGAGCCUCAAUUAUAUGAGAAAAAUUCUAAUAAAGAGGACGAUGAAUUGGAGGCAGAGUUAGCACAAUUAAAAAGUAAGCAAAUUUCGAAUUAUAAAGUAGAAAAAAUAGAAGAUUCUGGAAGAAUUCGCCGAAAGGUUGUGUUCGAGGAAUCCGAUGAUGUGCUAAAUGAAAAAUUAGCAAUGAGUGAGGAUGAUGAUGAAGACGAGGAUAAUGAUGAUGAAGAAGACCCAGAGGAAGAUGAUGAAAGUUCUGAAGAUGAAAGUGUUGAAGAGUCUAAAAUUAAACCAAAGACACAACCUGAGUACAUUCAAUUGAAAGAAAACAAAGACAUUGGUAUACAUUCAAAAAUUACUGAUGUUUUAAAAAAUCUAAAUACCAAGAAAGUUAGUGAAAAAGUAUCUGAUUCUACAAAGAAAGUAGUAAAGUCUAAAAAGGAAGAGUCAGAAUCAGAUGAUGAUGACAGUUCAGAUGAUGAAAGAAAUUUAAGUAAAAUAAAAGCAAUGAAAAUUGAUAAAUUUGAGGAAGUGGAAUUUGAUGAUGAAAGUGAUAAUGAAGACGAAGAAGAUGGUGAUGAUGAAAAUGAUGAUGAAGAUGAUGAAAGUGAUGAUGAAGAUAGUAGAAAGGACAAUAAUAGUAAAAAUGAAGAUCAAGCAAGUGAAUCUGAGAGUGAUGAUGGUGAAGUUGAUUUGGGUUUGAAAUGGAAGGAUAAUUUAGCUAAGAAAGCAGAGGACGCUUUUUUUGAAAGGCAAAAGUCAUCUAAAAAUUUAAUGAAACUUGUUUAUGGGGUAUUUGAUAAUAAAUACUUAAAACCUCAAGAUGAAGAAAUUGAAGAAGAUUCAGGUGAUGACGAGGAUAAUAUUGGUGGACUCUUCAAAAAGAUUUCAGUUGAGCAACAAAAGCUAAAAAUGGAAAAGGAUAAAAUGGAUUUGAUUGAAUCUACUUUAUUCAUGCCAUGGAAUAGUAAUAUUAGGAAUUGGAUUGAUCCAGAGAACAAACUCCUGAUAACAAACAGAUUUGUUACUGGCAAGUGGAAAGAGUCUGAGGAUGCAAAUGAAUUACUCAAAUUAGACGAUGCCGAAGAUUUGAGUGAUAUAGGAUCUGACGUAUACGGAGAUUUCGAAGACUUGGAAACUGGAGAAAAGUUUACUGCUAAAACCCCCGAGGCUGAAAAUGGCGAUGGCAAAGGUGAAAAGCGUAAACGGGAUUUAAACGACAAGGAUGAUAUGGCGGAUAGAGUGAAAUUGGCGGAGAAAAAGAAAACUUUAAAAGAGAAAUUCGACGCUGAUUACGAUAAAACUGAGAAGAGCACUUUCUAUGAAGAGUUGAAAUCGUCCGCAGAGAAACAAGCUGAAAUAAAUAGAUCAGUUUUCGAGAAUAUGCCUGAUGAGAUGAGAGUCCAAUUGGAGGGCUUCAGAGCUGGAAUGUAUUGUCGUUUAGAAUUCCAAGACGUACCUUGCGAAUUUAUAAAUAAUUUUGAUCCUACUUACCCAUUGGUAAUAGGAGCUUUAAAUAUGGUGGAAGAAAACAUUGGGUUUGUUAAUGUUAAGGUUAAAAAGCAUAGGUGGUAUAAGAAAAUUCUGAAGUCAAACGAUCCAUUAAUUGUUUCGCUUGGUUGGAGACGCUUCCAAACGAUGCCGUUGUAUUCCAAAUUGGAAGAUGAUAUGAAGUUUAGGUAUCUUAAGUAUACUCCAGAGCACGUCACUUGUAAUGCCCACUUUUGGGGACCUAUUACUCCUCAGGGUACUGGUUUUAUAGCUUUGCAAACGUGCGAUGGUAGUGCAGAGGUUAUAAAGCAUCAAGGCUUUAGAAUCGCAGCCACCGGUGUUGUUCAAGAGUUGGAUAAAUCCACGCAAAUCAUGAAAAAAUUAAAACUAAUCGGUUAUCCAAUGAAAAUCUACAAGAAAACGGCGUUUAUCAAAGGGAUGUUUAACAGUUCGUUAGAAGUCGCUAAAUUCGAAGGUGCGAGGAUAAAAACCGUAUCUGGUAUUAGAGGGCAAAUCAAGAAAGCUGCAUCUAAACCUGAAGGUGUAUUCAGAGCGAGUUUCGAAGACAAAAUUAAAGCUAGUGAUAUUAUAUUCUGUAGAACUUGGUACAAAGUCGAUGUGAAAAACUUCUAUACUCCAGUUAAUACGUUACUAUUACCUGCUGAGCAGAAGAACUCGUGGCGUGGAUUGAGAACCACUGGCGAAAUAAAGAGAUCGAAGGGAAUUCAAUCUCAACCUGCCUUGGACAGUUUGUACACUGAAAUCGAGAGGACUGUUAAACCGUUCAAACCAUUGAUUAUACCGGGCAGGUUACAAAAGGCCUUACCCUACAAGGAUAAGCCUAAACACAGUGUCAAGGAUUCCGACAAGAAGAAGCAAAUUAGCCGUGUUGCUGUUAUACGCGAACCGGAGGAACAGAAGGUCGCAAACAUGAUGAAGAUGUUGAAGGCUUCGUUCGAGUUCAAACAGGGUCAACUUAAAACGCAAACGAAAGAAAGGCUCGCCAAGUACAAGAAAACGAUCGAAGACAUCGAGCAGAGGAAAUCCAAGAAACUCGGGGAAAUUAAGAAAGAUGUGUUUAGGAAGAGAAGCAAAGCUGAACUCAAAGCUCAAAAGAAAGCAAAUAAGAAAUAGAGCAUGUAAAAUAUGUUACACUCUUGUUACAAUUAAUUAUGCAAUUAUGUUGCGUAU